AUGGCCCCCCCUCCCCCUUCCCUGCCCGUCCCUCCCGUAGCCCGGGCAGCUCGGGGGGGGCCGCCCCGCCUGCUGAGCGCCGCCGCCGCCGCCCUGGCUCUGCUGAGCGCCGCCGCCGUCGGGGCCUGCCCGGCCGUUUGCCGCUGCUCCGGGGGCCGCGUCUACUGCAACGACCGCGGGCUGACGGCCGUGCCCGAGGGGCUCCCGCCCGGAGCCACCACGCUGUUCCUGCAGAACAACCGCAUCGGCGACGCGGGGAUCCCGGCUCGGCUGGGCCGGCUGCCGGCGCUGCGGGUGCUGUACCUGUACGCCAACGCUCUGGAGCAGCUGCCGGCUCACCUGCCGCCGGCUCUGCGGGAGCUGCACCUGCAGGAGAACAACGUGCGCGGUUUGUGCCGCCGGGCGCUGGCGCGGGCGCCGCUGCUCGAGCGCCUGCACCUGGACGACAACUCGGUGUCGGCGGCCGGCAUCGAGGAGGACGCGUUCGCCGAGAACCGACGGCUGCGCCUCCUCUUCCUCUCGCGGAACCACCUGAGCAGCGUCCCCGCGGGGCUGCCGCCCGCCCUGGAGGAGCUGCGGCUGGACGACAACCGCAUCCACACCAUCCCGCUGCGGGCCUUCGAGGGGCUGCCGGCGCUGCGGCGCCUGGUGCUGGACGGGAACCUGCUGGCCAACCAGCGCAUGGCCGACGACACCUUCAGCCGCCUGGGCAACCUCAGCGAGCUCUCGCUGGGCCGCAACGCGCUGGCGGCUCCGCCGGCGAACCUGCCCCGGGCUCGGCUCCGCCGCCUCUCGCUGGCCGCCAACGCCAUCAGCCACGUGCCGGCCGGAGCCCUGGCGAGGAUGAGGGCGCUGGAGCGGCUGGACCUGUCGGACAACAACCUGACCACGCUGCCGCGGGGGCUCUUCGACGAUCUGGGCAGCCUGAGCCACCUGGGGCUGCGCAACAACCCCUGGUUCUGCGGCUGCAACCUGGCCUGGCUGCGGGACUGGCUGCGCCGCCGCGCCCCGCCGCGCCUGGAGGUGCGGGGUUUGCUGUGCCAGGCGCCGGCGAGGCUGCGGGGGCUGCCGGUGGGCGAGCUGCGGGGAGAGAUGGACGCCUGCGAGACGCCCCCGGCCUCGGGGGGAGCCGGAGCUGCGGGCGGGGGGACGUCCCCCGGUGCCGCCGCCGUGUCCCCCGCGCUGGCCGCGUCGCCGGGAGCCGCCGCCACGCCGGGGCUGUGGGUGCAGGCGGCGCCGGGGGGGGCCCUGAGGGUGCGGUGGCCCCCGGCCCCUCCCGGGGCGUCGCUGAGGCUCAGCUGGCUGCGGCCCGGGGGGGGAGCCGUGACCGAGACCUUGGUGCGGGGGGAGCGCGGCGAGUACGUGGUGCGGGCUCUGCAGCCCCGCGCUCCGUACCGGGUCUGCCUGGCCGCCCUGGAGCCUCCCGCCGCCCCCCCGCUCUGCGCCCAGGCCCGGGCGGGGGCCGGGGACCCCUCCCAGCCCGGUUCUCCCGGAGCUCCGGCCGGGGAUGCUCCCCCCGCGCUGCCCCCGGCCGCGGCUCUGGGGGCGGCGGCGGCGGCGGCGAGGGACCCCCCUGGAUUCACCUCCGUGCCCCCCCCACUGGCCUCCGGUCCCCCGUGCAAGCCACGCCCCUUUAGUGCAAGCCACGCCUCCCCGCGUAAGCCACGCCCCUCGCAGACCUCCCAGCGAGUCCUCCGCGCCGCCAGGGGGCGCUCCCCAUCGCCACCGCUCCCUCCUUCCGCCCCGUCCUCUGUGAUCAGCGCUGCUCGCAGCCAAUGGGAGAAGCGGAAAAUUCCAGAAGUCACGGCGGAGCCCAACCAAUGGGCGCCCAGCGCCGGGAGAUGCGGCCAAUGGGAACGCGCGGAGCCGGGCCCUGAUGCCGGCUUCCGGCGGACGCGGGUCUGGAAGGGGGCGUGCCCCGAUGCCCUCGGCAGCCAAUGGGAAGGCGGGAACGCGGAAGGCAGCCAAUGGGAGCGCGCGCGGGGGCGGGAGGGCGGGGCGCGCGGCCAAUGGGGCGCGGGGGGCGUGGCCGAGGGGUUCUAG